CAACCACAAAGUAUUAGUGGAAGGACCCCUGAAAAAUGAAAUUGACCCGAGGGUUAUCGGUAUAGGCCUAUGAGCUGGGCUCUUUCCACCCUCAUUCUCCCGUUGUUGAUUCCAAUCCUACAAUCGUCUCCGCAUUAUCAAGGGAAAUAAAAAGAAGUAAAAAUGGCAGCUGCUUUUGGUGCUGGAUUGGUGCUGCUCCUCCUAGUGGGGAGGCUAACUUGCGCCGAAUCCGUUAGGGUUUCGAAGCCUCCGGCUAUCUGUCCGUUAAAUUCUGUCCAAGACGCCAUCUUUCCUUCGCAGAACGACGUUUGUUCCGUCUUCGGGACAAUGUCUGACUACACCGCCGGUGUAAUUGAGGGAGAUGAAGUAUCAUUGCAGAAGGCGCUGGACAUUGUUCACAAAAACAAACACGAUUAUGUUUCCCUACUCUUCUAUUCAUCUUGGUGUCCUUUCUCUGGAUCUUUUAGACCAAGCUUCUCCUUGCUGUCCUCAAUCUUUCCUUCCAUUCCUCAUUUUGCAAUUGAAGAAUCUUCUGUGAGGCCAAGCAUUCUGUCAAAGUAUGGAGUUCAUGGGUUUCCUACUUUGGUUCUUCUAAAUUCCACCAUGCGCAUGCGGUAUCAAGGUUCUCGCACUCUGGAUUCCCUCAUUUCCUUUUAUGAUGCCGUGACUGGCAUAAAGAUGUCAGCUGAUGGAGAAUCAAUUGGCAAGAUCGUAUGUUCAGGAAAUGACGAAAAACACGACAAUAACCUUGAAACCUGCCCUUUUCCAUGGGCUAGGUCACCCGAGAAUUUGUUCAAGCAAGAAACUUAUUUGACCCUCGCAACACUUUUCGUGAUUUUGAGGUUGCUUCACUUUUUCUUCCCCACAUUGAGAAGAUGGGCUCAAUUGGCUUGGAGAAGGUACACCAUGAAUGUGAGUGUGAAUAGUUUGUGGGAGCUUAAUCAAGUCAUGCAAUUUUUCAGUUUUCUCAAGCAGCCAUGCAAACAAAGCAAUUUGCGGGAAGGAGCCGAAAAUGCCAAAGCUUGGGCAUCUAAAUCACUUGCCACCGUUUCAUUUGGAGAUUCUUCUUCAAAUCGUGAUGCCUGAUGUUUGGAGCUGUACUUGCCUGUAUUUGGGUGGUGUCUUAAGAUUGUGACUCGUGUAGCAAUGUGAUUGAUUAGUCGUUAAAGACGCCUGCCAUUCCUGUACAGGCUUUCCCCAUAUGGUGUAAGCACUUAUUUUUUUGUCGAAUUCUUUAGCUGAGGUGAUAAUGUGGUGGAAUUCAAUAUUCACUGUUUGUUUAGAUUAGAAUUUGUCUACCAUUUGCACAAAAUAAAAAUUAAGAAAUGACAUGCCCUUCAGAUUUGUAAUUAGCUUCUAAUAGACCCAUUUACUUACUGAAUCUUUUAGUUUUCCUUGA